AUGAAUAUUGAAGAAAUUUAUAGUGAGUCUUUAAGAGUAAUUUUUAAAUUAGCCGAAUCUAUUCAAGAAAAUGUUUUUGAUUAAACAUUUAUAGUGUGCAUUUUAAUUGGAAUAGCAUCAUUCGUAAUUGGGAAUUAGUAUGGGUAUUUAAAAAUUUUACACUAAUAGAAAAUCAAAAAUACUAAUUUCUAAAAAAUAAAAAGAAAAGUUAGAAUAAUGUUAGAAUUUGAAAGCAUAAACUGAAAAAUCAAAAGACAGUUUAUAAAAAGAACAAAAAAAAUUAUCAAAACUUACUUAAAUAUUUGUUGCUGUAAUUAUCUUUAUUAAUUUAAUCUUGAUUUUACUUGAAAUAACUAUAGUAACUUUAGAGAUACGAUUUGGGCUAAGCCUCCUUUUAGUAAUUAUACCUUAUUCAUAUAAAAAAUAUGAGAAUUUUAAAUUAAAUUCAAUUAAGCAUAAUUUAGAGUAAACUGAAAAAGAAACAAAAUAAAUUAUUUUAGACAUUUAGCAUGUAUACAUUAAAUCAAUUCAUAUUAGAAUUUAGGAAAUAAUAUAAUUACUCUAAUAUAAGGUGAAAAAAUGAAAGAAAAAAUGGAAGAAAUGAAAAAAAAGAUGUAAUUAGAAAUUGGGGCUACUCGGAAAAAUUUAGAAAAAUUAUUUGAAGAUCAAUAUAAAAUUUAGAUUGAGGAUUUGAAGAAGAAAAUUAAGACACUUGAAGAUAAAGAAUUUUUAAAUAAAACAGAGCUUCAAAAUUUUAAAAGAAGUGUAUAAACUCAUAAAACAGAACCUAUUUAAAAAUAAGUUUAAAAUAAAAAUGAAGAUGAAACAUAAAUUUUAAAGCAAAAAAUUUAAUAUUUAUAAAAAGAAGGCUAAAUUUAAAAGGAUAUGAUAUCAAAGGUGAUUAAUUUGAAAUGGUGUGAAGAAUGUUAGGGAUUGAAAAUUCAUUGCAUAGAGUUAUAUUUUGAGAAUGCAAGAAAUAUAGGGGAAGAAUAUAAUUAGAAAUUACAAGAGUUAGAAAAGGAAUAUUAGGUUAAAAGUUGAG